AUGAGGUUGCUGGGAGCAGCCGUCGCCGCGGCUCUGGGGCGUGGGCCGCUCCCGCGGGUCCCCGCCAGCCUGGGAUGGCAGGGGAAGCAGGUUAAUUGGAAAGUCUGCCGAUGGUGUUCAUCAGGGGUGAUUCCUAAUGAAAAGAUACGAAAUAUUGGAAUCUCAGCUCACAUUGAUUCGGGGAAAACUACAUUAACAGAACGAGUGCUUUACUACACUGGCAGAAUUGCAAAGAUGCAUGAGGUGAAAGGUAAAGAUGGAGUUGGUGCUGUCAUGGAUUCCAUGGAACUAGAGAGACAAAGAGGAAUCACUAUUCAGUCAGCAGCCACCUAUACCAUGUGGAAAGAUGUCAAUAUCAACAUUAUAGAUACUCCUGGACACGUGGACUUCACAAUAGAAGUUGAAAGGGCCCUGAGAGUGUUGGAUGGUGCAGUCCUUGUUCUCUGUGCUGUUGGAGGGGUGCAGUGCCAGACCAUGACUGUUAAUCGUCAGAUGAAGCGCUAUAAUGUUCCAUUUCUAACUUUCAUUAACAAAUUGGACCGAACGGGCUCCAACCCAGCCAGGGCCCUGCAGCAAAUGAGGUCUAAACUGAGUCAUAAUGCAGCAUUUGUGCAGAUACCCAUUGGUUUGGAGGGUGAUUUUAAAGGGGUAAUAGAUCUUAUUGAGGAACGAGCCAUUUACUUUGAUGGAGACUUUGGUCAAAUUGUUCGAUAUGAGGAAAUUCCAGCAGAAUUCAGGGCAGCAGCAGCUGACCACCGGCAGGAGCUGAUUGAAUGUGUUGCCAAUUCAGAUGAGCAGCUUGGUGAGAUGUUCCUGGAAGAAAAAAUCCCCUCAAUUUCUGAUUUAAAGUGUGCAAUGCGAAGAGCUACUCUAAAUAGGUCAUUUACUCCUGUCUUUUUGGGAAGUGCUUUGAAGAACAAGGGAGUUCAGCCCCUUCUAGAUGCUGUUUUAGAAUACCUCCCAAAUCCAUCUGAAGUCCAAAAUUAUGCUAUUCUCAAUCAGGACGAUGACUCAAAAGAGAAAAACAAAAUCUUAAUGAACUCUGAAAGAAACAGUUCCCACCCAUUUGUAGGCCUGGCUUUUAAACUGGAGGCUGGGCGAUUUGGACAGUUAACAUAUGUCCGCAAUUAUCAAGGAGAACUGAAGAAGGGUGACACCAUCUGUAACACGCGGACGGGAAAGAAAGUGCGGGUGCAACGGCUGGUUCGCAUGCACGCCGACAUGAUGGAGGAUGUUGAGGAAGUGUAUGCUGGAGACAUCUGUGCAUUGUUUGGCAUCGACUGUGCUAGCGGAGACACAUUCACCAACAAAAAUAAUAGUGGCCUUUCUAUGGAGUCAAUUCAUGUUCCUGAUCCUGUCAUUUCAAUAGCAAUGAAGCCUUCUAACAAGAAUGAUCUGGAAAAAUUUUCAAAAGGUAUUGGCAGGUUUACAAGAGAAGACCCUACAUUUAAAGUCCACUUCGACACUGAGAGCAAAGAGACAAUCGUAUCUGGAAUGGGGGAAUUACACCUGGAAAUCUAUGCUCAGAGGAUGGAAAGAGAAUAUGGCUGUCCUUGUGUCACAGGAAAGCCAAAGGUUGCUUUCAGGGAGACCAUUACUGCCCCCGUCCCGUUUGAAUUUACACAUAAAAAACAAUCUGGUGGUGCAGGCCAGUUUGGAAAAGUGAUAGGUGUACUGGAGCCUCUGGACCCAGAGAACUACACUAAGUUGGAAUUUUCAGAUGAAACAUUCGGGGCAAACAUUCCAAAGCAGUUUGUGCCUGCAGUAGAAAAGGGGUUUUUGGAUGCCUGUGAGAAAGGCCCCCUUUCUGGUCACAAGCUCUCUGGGCUCCGGUUUGUUCUGCAAGAUGGGGCACAUCACAUGGUUGAUUCCAAUGAAAUCUCUUUCAUCCGCGCAGGAGAAGGUGCUCUCAAACAAGCUUUGGCAAAUGCAACAUUAUGUAUUCUUGAACCUAUUAUGUCUGUGGAAGUCAUAGCCCCAAAUGAAUUUCAGGGACCAGUGAUUGCGGGAAUUAACAAGCGCCAUGGGGUAAUCACAGGACAAGAUGGGAUUGAGGACUAUUUCACGCUGUAUGCAGAGGUCCCUCUAAAUGAUAUGUUUGGUUAUUCCACUGAACUUAGGUCAUGCACAGAGGGAAAGGGAGAAUACACAAUGGAGUACUGCAGAUAUCAGCCAUGUUCACCGGCCACACAAGAAGACCUCAUCAAUAAGUAUUUAGAAGCUACAGGUCAACUUCCUGUAAAAAAAGGAAAAGCCAAGAACUAA